UGGCGCUUGUGAAAAAUGUUUUAUUUACUGGAGAGGCUCUAUUUUCCAUGUCUUAAUCAUUAUAGUUCGUUAUGUAGUAUAACAAUAAUUCAAUAAUUUAUUAUAAGCAACUAUUUUUAAGUAAUUUAUGAAAAUGUCAUCUGAAAGAAUGGAGUGGGUUGAAAUAAUUGAACCAAGAACUAAGGAACAUAUGUACGCAAAUCUGACAACGGGAGAAUGUGUUUGGGAUCCUCCAGAAGGUGUGAAUGUGAAACGAACAGAUAGUUCGCAGUGGUGGGAAUUGUUUGAUGUACAUACUAGUCGAUUUUAUUAUUACAAUGCCGCUUCACAAAGCACCGUGUGGCAUAGGCCUAUGAAUUGCGACAUCAUACCUCUUGCCAAGCUACAAACAUUGAAACAAAAUACUGAUCCUUGUGAAAAACAUGACAGCACAACACAUAAUUCAAAAGCCUUUUUACAGAUUUCUCAACGGGAUCAAAAAUGUAGCACCAGUGCUAUGAAGACUGAUGCUACAACAACUCGUUCAAGCGUUGAUUCGAAUUGUGAAAUGCUUACAAGUCCAUCAGGCUACAACAGAGAUCGUGUCACACCUGAUGGUACUCGUGCAAGUGGAUCUGAAAAAAGUUCACAUAGGUAUUGCAAACAUGGUCAUUCACAUGUUGGACAUUCAGGUCACAAACAUACAGAUAGCGGCAGAUCUAGUGAUUCCAGUUUAUCUAGUGCACAUGGCUAUAGGCGAUUACAAGAGUCUAGCCACUUACGUGUUUCAUCAGGGGCAUCAUCAUCACAAAGACAUCGUGGACAAUCAGAUACUGGCUAUAGAAUGCUACAAGAAAGUUCAAGUUCAAAUAAUUUACCCGCAUUUAAAUAUGAGCCUCUUAUCCACAGUGGACCACCACAUUCUGCAAGUACUCCACAACUCAAAAAGAAACAUGCCAGUGGUAGCUAUGUGCAAGGAAUAAACCAUAAGGAAUCUUAUAAAGACCAGUAUAAAAAUGCAAAUAUAGGUCCAAAUCAAAUGCCUUUGGCGCGAUCUGGUAGUUUCAUGUCUUCGAGAGUUGAUAACAGUGAUGAUUCAAUGCAUGAGAAAUAUUUUAAAUCUGUUGAAAAUACUCCUGUAAGCCGUAGAAGAAGCACAAAAACUUCCAACCAGAGUUCUAGUGAUUCUAGUCCACAUAGUCCUGAUCACAAUAAAAUUAAUAGGCAUGUACCCCACAUAGAAAAUCAAUUUGCAGCUAAAGGAGGAGAACAUAAAUGUAACCAGAUAACAAAACCAAACCGUCCUAGUCUAUCGAAUAUUAAUAGUAUAGACCGACUCAAUUAUGGGAUAGAUAAAUACAACAUUAAAUGUUCCAGUAAUAAACAUAAUUCAGAUGUUACCAGUAGGUACUUCCAUGACAAAAACAUUGAUAUUGAAAAUGUUGAAAAACAAUCGAAAUAUUUAGAUAAAUUUAACUUUGAUGAUAAAACUGGUGCUAAAACUUCAUAUUCUUUAGAUAGAGAUGCAUCAAGUUCUGAUGCUGAUUAUUUUAAAUAUUCUUCCAAUUCACGUAACAAAACAAAGUCUGAUGUAGAAACAUUUAGUAAGAUAAAGCAUAACUCAGCUCCUGAAGGUUAUAGACAGCAGAGUCAAAAAACUGCAUCAGAUAAUUAUUUGUCAAAAAUUAGUUCAGGACCAUAUCUCAGUAAACCAAAUUUAGAAAAGCACAACUUAGAAUACUCAAAAAGUGAUAAGAAAAAUAAGGAAAAAAAUACAAUACAAUCUAAACUUGAAUUAGAUGUUAAGGUAGAUGGAAGUAAACAGAAAUAUACCAUUGAGCAUGAUAAUGGUAAUAAUACAUCACCAUUGUACUCCAAUUGGGACUUAGAAAUGCAAGAACACUUAUUGCCUUUGCAACAUUAUAUAUUAGAGCAAGCUAAAUUAUCAGGUUAUUCAUACAGUGCGGGUGAUCCUUUAGAUAGUGACUCCUUACAUUCAGACAGUCAAUCAGAAGAAUCACUUAGUGGUCAUGAACCCGAUAAUGAAGAUUCAGAUCAUUCUGGCAGCAAUGAUGAUUAUUUAACACAUCACUACAGUUCUGCACAAGUGUUGCAUACUACAAUACUACUCUGCAAAUAUCAGAUUCCAAACAUGACGAUAAUUCAAGCAAAAAAACCUAUUUCCGAAAAUAAAUUGGAACCCGAGCUUACAAGGCUCUCAAUAGAUACAGAUUCUUUGGAUGCAGUAACUUUAUCUCAAGAACAAGCACUAUAUAGUCCUGUUCAAGCGCUUUCGAAACCAACAGCUAUUAAUAUUAGUUCAUUACCAGUAAAAGAGUGCGAUAUAGAACAAUUUGCUCAUGACAAUCUGAAUUUACAUGCAAAAGGCAUAUCAGGAAAAAGGCUCAAAUAUGCUCCUCGUAAAGAAGGCAUAGCUCUUCUCCUUUGGAUAGGAGGGGACAGUGAUAGCGAAAGGGACUGGUUAAGGGCGAUUUGUUGA